AUGGCGACCCUCACCGAUGCGGAGAAGGAAAUCGGCAACGAAACUGGUGCCGGUGAGCACGAACAGGAAGAGGAAGAUGUCAUUUGCUACGACAAAGCAAAGUCCUUCUUCGACAACAUUUCGUGCGAGGCGGUCGAGCGCGCGAAGGGAAAGCAGCAGCGUACGGAUUGGCGCCAGGAGCGCAAACUGAACACGGAAACAUUCGGCGUCGGGUCGACCAGACGCGGCGGAUACAACCGACGAGGUGGUUACUUCCACCGUGCCAUCAACUACCAUCGUGGAGGAAACAACUAUCGCGGUGGUAACAACUACCGGGGCCGCAGCGGAAACCGCAACAAUCAGUUGAACGGUGGCAACGGCAUGUCGCAUAACCGAUCGGGCGGACAGCCAUUCGACCAACCACGAUACAGAACUCUCUAA